CCAUCAAAGACUUGUCGCGGUUCGACGCGACCUUCUUCAGGGUGCCGCCUAAGCAAGUGCAGCUGAUGGACCCUAUGCUGCGCAUUAUUUUAGAGAGGACGUACGAAGCCAUCGUGGACGCUGGCUACGAUCCGGCGACGCUACGAGGACGCAAUAUAGGCGUCUUUGUCGGCUGCGCACUGUCCGAGACGAUGACAUUGUUCGGGUCCGACGCGGGCACGAUCGACGGCUACAUCUCAACCGGAGCGUCGCUGCACAUGUUCUCGAAUCGAGUCUCCUACUGCUUCGACUUCAACGGGCCAAGCUUUACGGUGGACUCGGCAUCAUCCUCGACCAUGACAGCAUUGAGCCUAGCGCUCCAGUCUCUUCGGGCGGGUGACUGCGAGGCCGCCAUCGUGGGAGGCUGCAGUCUCCUGCUCAAUCCGCUCACAACGCUGACCUUGUACCGCUUCGGCCUGCUGUCAGACGACGGGAAGAGCAAGUCGUUCGACGAGAAAGCGGAUGGUUACGUGCGAAGUGAAGCCAUAGGAGCCAUAUUUCUUCAGCGGGGUUCCGAAGCACGCAGGAUCUACGCCAGGUUGGUUAACGCGAAGGCCAACGCGGACGGCUACAAGGUGCAAGGGAUCACCGUUCCAUCAAGCGGCAAGAUGGAGGAGCUGUUUCGCAAGAUGUACGCCGAGGCCAACGUAGACCCACUAAAGGUCACCUACGUCGAAACGCACGGCCCUGGAACCAGCGUGGGAGACCCUCAGGAGUUGGCUGCGCUGAGCAGAUUCUUCUGUCCGCCUGAGCGCAAGAGACCCCUCAAAAUCGGCUCGGUCAAGAGCAACGCGGGACACGGCGAAGCCGCGUCCUCAAUUUCCACGAUUUCCAAGGCCAUAAUUGUCAUGGAGACAGGCAUGAUCCCGCCGAACUUGCACUUCGAGAAUCCAAGCCCAAGGAUUCCGUGUCUUCACGACGGGAGCAUCGAGGUGGUCAGCAAACCAACGCCCUUUGAGGGCGGCCUAGUCGGCGUCCACGCCCUCGGAUUCGGUGGGACCAACGUUCACGCCAUUCUCGAGCCCAACCCGGCGCCGCACGUGGACAUUAUGGCCCGAGAAAAGCCUCAACUUCCUAGGCUCGUUCUCAUGGCUGGAAGGAGCAGAGAUUCGCUUGGGAAAACGCUGGACCGCCUGGAAGCCGAAGGACCCUACCCUGAUUCUGCGUACGCCCUCUUGAACCGAGUAGGGCAACCCUCCGUAAAGCAAUUCCCAUUCCGCGGCUACGCCGUAAUUCCUGUGGACGGCUCCCAGAAGCCCGUGACCAAGGUCGUUGAGCAGGUUCAUCCAGCAAAGAGACCCCUGUGGUUUGUCUUCACUGGCAUGGGCUGCCAGUGGUACGGCAUGGCGAGGCAGAUGAUGGAGUUCGACGUGUUCGCCCGCUCCAUCCGCGCAUCACACGACCUCCUCGCGAAGAAUUUCGGCCUCGACCUCAUCGACCUGGUAACUAGCCUCGAACCGCGAGGCGAAGAGACCAUUGCGAGCGUCCUGGUGUCCAUCGUAGCAAUCCAGCCAGAAAAGAGGUUGGUUGGUUUGUUUGCGACCCGUUGGCAGGUUGCGCUCGUCGAUGUCAUCCACGCCGUGGGUCUUCGGCCUGAUGGAAUCGUGGGCCACUCACUGGGAGAGAUUGCCGGUGCGUACGCCGACGGGGGCCUCAGCGCUGAGCAGGCCGUGCUGUGCGGCUACUGGCGAGGCCGAUGCACCGAUGUCGGAAACCUCCCGAGGGGGCUCAUGGCCGCUGUGGGGUUGACGUGGGAAGAAGCUAAAAGGCGCGGGCACAAUGGCGUCGAAGCUGCGUGCCAUAAUGCGGAGGAUUCUGUGACCGUGUCAGGGCCUACUGACGCCAUUGACGGCAUGGUGAAGGAGCUUCAAGCCGAGAACGUGUUCGCCCGCGUUGUGGACACUAUGAACGUGGCCUUCCACAGCACUCAAAUGGAACGCGUCGAACUUGCGCUGCUGAAAGAAUAUAAGGAGGUGAUUCCAGAGCCAAAGCCACGGGGGAAGCGUUGGGUGAGUUCCUCCGUUCCCGAAUGCCGUUGGGAGGAGCCCAUCGCCCAGCACUGUUCCGCCGAGUACUUCGUCAACAACCUCGUUUCACCCGUGCUCUUCCGCGAGGCGCUGAAACACGUGCCUACAGACGCCAUCGUGGUUGAGAUUGCGCCUCAUUGCCUUCUACUGUCGAUUCUACGCCGGGCAUUGGACCCUGGCACCUCCAUUGUGAGCCUCAUGAAUCGAGACAUGGACAACCAUACAUUCUUCUUGGGCUCGCUUGGCAAGCUCCAUACCCUGGGAGUGCAACUAGACCCAUCUGCCCUCUACCCCCCCGUUCCGUGGCCGGUGCCUCGCGGCACACCGAAUAUUGGUCAUCUGGUCAGCUGGGACCACUCGCAGCAGUGGGCCGUCGCAUCGUGGAGAGACGAACUUUCCCUCGUAGAGGGAAAGGACAACAUUGCUACCAUUGACAUGGGCAGAAACGAGGCGAACGCUUACCUGGCUGGCCAUCGGUUUGCCGGCAAGGUGGUAUUCCCAGUCGGCGGUCAUCUGCUGCUGGCAUGGCAGACUCUGAGUAAACAUCGGGGCCGAUCUAUAGAGGAGCUGCCCGUCAUCUUGGAGAACAUCAAACUUCACAAGAACAUCGUCCUGCCUGAGACGGGCAUUGUGCGACUUGUGACCAUCGUGCGCUCCUCCGGCGAGUUCGAGGUGAUCGAGGACGGCGAGAUGGCAGCAAGUGGUUGCAUUCGCGCGGCCGAAGGUGAAACCUCGCCGAUCGACGUGGAGUUGCCGGUGGACUCUGCCGAGGCCAUAACAUAUGACCUAGACGCGGAGGACAUAUACAAGGACCUCGCCCAGCGUGGUUAUGACUACCGAGGAGCUUUCCGAGGCAUCAUUAAGGCUGACAUACUAGGGCCGCAUGGAAUGCUCCAAUGGCAGGGUAUGUGGGUGACCUUCUUCGACAGCAUGAUUCAGUACAUCAUGUUCAAAAGCCCCGGUAGAGAUCUCCGCAUGACUGCCAGCAUUGAAUCUUGUCGCUUCGACCCCUACAUUCACGCCGAAGUCAUCAAGAAGGCCGGCAGCACAGGUGUGCAAGUCACCUACAAUCAGGUCGCAGACAUUUGCCGGGCUGGAGGCGUCCUCAUACAAGGCCUAAAGACCAACACCAUCGACAGCGGGACCGAGCAACAGACACCGCUUGUCGAAGAAUACCGUUUCAUGCCAUACAUGGACGACAAAGGCAGCAUGGACAAGAGAGAGUCCCUGACACGUGAAUACGUUGAAGUUUGCUGCAGCGUUGCCAGGCGAGCCCUCGACACCUGUUCCCAGAGUAAGGCUCUUGUUCGUGAAGUUAUAAACGGCGUCCGUAGCGCCCCGGAGCACGUGGUCAGCCAGUAUCUAGAAGGCUCUCAUAAGAGCCACGGCCUCCUGCGAUUUCUUCAAGCUGUCCAUAAGCAAGCAGAUCACAUGGGCACUUCCCUUGCGGCCUAUAUCCAGUCAGUUCUGCCUGCGCACAACGAAGACUUGGAAACCGAUGUACUCAACACUGCCCUCUUUGAGGAAGAUCCUCUGAGAUUCCUCCUUGACACCGUGGUCGAAAACACCUGCCCGAACAAGCUCAGAGUACUGGAACUGGCGGCUCAAGGGAGGGGCUGCCUGCUCGCCUCCUGGCUGGCGACGUACCUUUCCAAGUAUAACUUGUUGCCGACUGUCGAAUACACAAUAGCACAUUCGUCUCCGCAAGGACUGUCAGGAAAGAUCCCUCGAGGUGCCACGGUAGUGUCAUUGGGCUCGGCAGUAUCAAGGAAGAAGCUUCCUGAAGUGGACUUAAUUGUGGCCCGAAGUGCCACCUGGUCCUCCAGUGAAACUAGAAACCUCGCCGAUGAAGUGUCUUCUAUUUGUAGAGAGAACGGAUUCGUUUUGAUCGCCCAGCGUACAGCACUGACACCAGCCGAACGGUUACUCGGUGAAAUUGGAGGCGUCGAACUUCAGGUAGCCGCUCCCGACAAGGUGGAAGCUGAGUUUUUGAAGCACGGGCUACGCCUAGUGGCUUUUAAGUCGAACAACUUGUCUGGCCUGUAUCUCUUCCGAAAGCGUUCCAUGCCUCUCGAGGAAGCAUUGCAAGAAAUAGUCAUGGUUGACAGCGAACAUUGCGACUCCGUCGAUUUGGUCAAGAAGAAAGCUCUCGACUACGAGUGGAAGGCGCAAGGAGAGAACAUGUGGCUGCUUGCGGAGGGGGCUGCAGCAAGCGGCGUCGUUGGCUUGGUGAACUGUCUCCGAUACGAAUCCGGAGGAAGUCAUAUCAGAUGUGUGCUCGACGCCAGUUCAGCCGGGACGGACAAGGUAGGUGACUUCGACCUGACAAAUCCAGAAUACAAGCGCCUAAUGGAAAAGGACCUGGUCAUGAAUGUUUAUCGCAAUGGGCAGUGGGGUUGCUACCGGCAUGUCGUCGCCAAAUCCGCUGACACUACGAAGAACACACCGUUUGCUGUCCUGAACUUGCGGAAACGGGGUGACGUACAAAGCCUGAGUUGGUACGAGUCCCCAUUGCCCUACCAUGCUCUGCCCAAUACCAAGAGUGCCACUGACCCAACAGUGUGUGAUGUGUACUUCGCUACGGUGAACAAUCGAGACGUCAUGUUCGCCACAGGAAAGCUGUCGCCAGAGGCGCUCGCAGGCGACUUGGCGAGUUCGGAGUCCAUUUUUGGACAGGAGUUUUCUGGAACGGACCAAGCAGGACGUCGUGUCAUGGGCAUCGUCUCUAGCCAGGCCUUGGCGACCGUGGUCGCUGCAGACCCCACCCUUCUGUGGGAUGUUCCGGAUACUUGGACCCUCGCUGAGGCGUCCACCAUUCCUUUGUCCUUCUCAACCGCAUACUAUGCCCUGGUAGUGCGCGGUAAUAUCCGGCCAGGCGAGUCUGUCCUAGUACACUGUGGCAGGGGAUGCAUUGCGCAGGCUGCCAUCGCCAUCGCUCUGUCCAUGCGGUGUACCGUCUUCGCAACUGUCGGUUCCGCAACAGAGCGACAAUUCCUGAAGAACCACUUCCCGCAACUGGAAGACAGCCACAUUGUAAACUACGGCAGCUUUUGCUCAGAAGAACGCAUCCUUCGACAGACACAAGACAAAGGUGUGGACCUCGUGUUCAACACUUUUCAUGGUAUCCAUACCAAAGCCAUCGCUCACUGUCUGGCUUCGAACGGUCGACACCUUAUUAUCAAAGUAGCCGGCACCUCCUCGCGUCGCCCGCAAGAAGAACUGUCUUCGAAGCACAAGGUCGUCAACAUCAUCACCGUCCCGACCGAUGUCCUAUUCUCGAACGACUCCAGCGCUGUGGAGGACAAGCGGCGAGUGGCUGAGCUGCUGCGUGAAGGAAUCACAUCGGGCGCCGUGAGGCCGUUGCCUGCCACACUAUUCACGCGAGACCAAGUUGUGGAUGCAUUCACGCUGCAAGCUUCUGAAGCGAACAGCGGCAAAGUUUUACUCGAGGUGCGGCCAGAGAAAAGCGACCCAAUCAAGGACAGCAGUCAGCCCUUCAGGGUAGAAGCCAUCGCCCGCACAUACUUCUACAGCAGCAAGGCUUACGUCAUCGUCGGCGAAAUGAGCGGCUUCGCUUUAGAGUUCGUAGACUGGAUGGUUAGUCGAGGCUGCCGGAAGCUUCUUCUCACCGCAAGCCAUGGUGUGCUUAUGGGGUAUCCACGUCUUUGCCUGCAUCGGUGGAAGACAGUCGGCGCCUCCGUAGUCGUCAGCGGAGCCGACGCAUCGACAAUGCACGGUGCUUUGCAGAUUAUCGAGGAAGCUGAAGCAAUGGGUCCGGUCGGCGGCAUCUUCAACGUUUCUGCGUGUCAUGAAGACAGCUGGGUAGCCGAUCAGGCGUCUGAGGUGUAUCAAAGGUACUACAAGACCAAGCUUGGCGGCACGCGGCAUCUGGACGAGCAUUCCCGAAAGUUAUGCCCGCAACUGGACCACUUCGUCGUCUUUUCCUCGCUUUCCUCUGGCCGCGGCACUUCGAAGAGGACGCUAUCCGGCUACGUCGACUCAACAUUAGAGCGCUUGUGUGAGCGCCGCGUUGAAAACGGUUUUCCCGCAUUGGCCAUCCAAUGGGGUGUCAUUGAUGAGGGCUGCCAAGCUCAUGAGGCCCAGUGCCCCGAAGCGGCAUUCGAGGCAACACAGCCUCAGCGAAUGAGGUCCGCCUUGGAGGUCAUGGAGAGGUUCCUGAACCAAAGCCACCCCGUCGUGUCCAGCUUCGUCAAGGCUGAAGUCACUUCAAGUUUGGGGAACGAACGAGAAACUAACUUCCUCGUGGACUCGGUGACCCGAAUUCUUGGCUUCCAAGAUUCGUCGAAGCUGAACCAUAACAGCAACCUGGGCGAGCUGGGCUUAGACUCCAUCAUGGGCGCCGAAGUACUGAUGGUCAUCGAGAAAUGCACUGGCCUGGUUCUGUCCGUGCAGGGAUUACGCCAGCUGACCCUUAACUCAUUGCGAGAGCUGAGUAAAAAAUAACAUUUAGGUUAAAGUAGGCAAGAAUAUGAUGCUCGGGUUCUCCUUUUUUUUUAAAGGGGAGACGAAUUGGAACCGACGCAAACGCUUAUUUCUGUAUCGCACCAAUGAAACGUACCAACUUGUAAAAUAAAGAUAUUGUCAAGACUAUU